AAGUACGUCAGAGCGGCGGCGCGGCCGGCCCGGCGCGGUGAGAGGGCGCGGGCGGGCGCUUGGCCGCCGCGAUGAACAGCGUGGGCGAGGCUUGCACCGAGCUGAAGCGCGAGUACGACCAGUGCUUCAACCGCUGGUUCGCCGAGAAGUUCCUCAAGGGCGAGAGCGCCGGGGACCCCUGCGGGCAGCUCUUCAAGCGGUACCAGCUCUGCGUGCAGAAAGCGAUCAAGGAAAAGGAUAUACCCAUUGAAGGCCUGGAGUUCAUGGGUCCAAGCAAAGGAAAAACUGAAAACUCCUCUUGACCUCAGCUGUAUGGGUGGGGUCACUAAUAUGAGCUUUUGGACUAAACAACAUCACCAGGCAUACGACUAGACACAGCCUGGAUAAGACCUUUGUUAAGCUGCUUUCUAGGAAGUCAGGAAUCUGCUUAUAAAAACAGCCACACACACAAAAAAAAAGACUGGAUCUUGUGGUAACUGUUGCCUCCUUUUCAGUGAAUUAUGGUGGUGGUUCAGCAUCUAACAGCGUGAAAAGCUGUUUGAACUAACUUCCUACUUAAUGUACUCUAUAGUGAGAAUGUUUAUUAGAGCAGGCUGAAAUAGUAGUUGCUUUGUGACUGAUUUCUCUUGCUUAUUUAUAUAACACUUGAAAGUGUUUAAAAAUUCUAUGAAGGAGGUUGAUUCACUUUGUCUUCUCUCUAUGCUGCUGAAUUUUGGUGAAAGAAGGUUGUUUCAUAUGAUCCUGAAUGCUGAGGGGCUAAAGCAUUGUUUUUUAUCAGCAACAGAGAUGGUAUAAAAUCACUUCUAUUGGACCUGCAGUAACUUAGCUAAAAUAAAUAUAACCAAGUUAUAUUCUGUUCAAGUA